UUCCCUUGAUUCUUCAGUCGCAUUGCUCCACAAAAACACCCAAAUUCCCCCCGUUAACCUCAAGUUCUCAACAGAGACCCACACUUCAAUCAGACCGCUCCAAUUCCUCCAUACGCAUCAGUUAUCUAUGCGUGGAGAAUGCCACCAGCAGAUUCGAUUUGGUUGUUGCGGGCAUCUCCAGUUCCUGAACUUUUGCGGCAUUGCGAAAAGCUGCUGCGUUCACCUUUUCUGUUUUCUUAAUUUGGAGAGGGAGGUGUACGGCUUCAGCAGCAGCUAAAUCAUGCUGUUCUAUUUCUUCUGAAUUGUUUCCUCGGUCGAGUCCUAUUCAAGUUCAAAUGCAUUUUCUUUUCCUCUCCCCCAUCUUCCUCUGUCCCAGCCUUUCAUGCUUGGUUUUCUGUGAAAGCCUUUAGUUGUAGGCUUACAGCAGACAGCCCCUUUUGUUAUCCUGGAACAACCAGAGCCACACAAGUUGUGACUUGUGAGCAUUGCUGUAGGAACCUCACUACCUCACCUAGCCAGAAUGCUACUCUGAACCGUUCGCCUGCAUAGUGUCUAGAGCUAGAAUAGUAAACUUGUCCACUGCAAGUUGUGAAGCUUGGUGAUGCUUCUGAAGUGCAGCUCGAUGUGUUUAUGCCAAAUUUAGUUUUUUCCUCCUUGAAGUGCUUAUUUCCAGAUGUGUUCGGUCAUCUCUUGAUGUACCACCAGUAUCUGCUUGUACAUUAUUCAGAUGUUAGUCAUUUGUCUCACUGGAGAUGCUGUGCAUCUUUAGCAAGCAUACUCGUUCCUAGCCACUUAGUUCUUGUUGGAGGACAGUAUUUGUUCUGAUAUGCUAUUAUGGAUAUUCUACAGAUACUAAAUUGCCGAGGUUGUUACCAUGGAGGCCAAUGGUCAUGAUAAACCUAGUAGAGAAUAUAUUGGCAGAGAGUGCAAUGGUGUAAAGCCAGUCAGCAAUUUCGGUGAAGUUGAUCCAUGGACGGCAUGGGCGUACAGACCACGGACAAUCUCAUUGUUACUGAUGGGAACCUGCUUUUUAAUUUGGGCAAGUGGCGCUUUUAAUCCAGAAGGAAGCUUCUCUGCUGACCGCAUCUCAUCUGUGAAAAGGGGUGUCUUCGCAAUGAUUGCUGUUUUCUUGGCUUAUUCUUUUCUUCAGGCACCUUCAACUGUGCUCAUCAGACCACAUCCUGCAAUUUGGCGCCUGGUCCAUGGGAUGGCAGUUGUUUACCUUGUAUCCCUCACUUUUUUGCUUUUCCAGACUCGUGAUGAUGCUAGGCAAUUUAUGAAGUAUCUUCACCCGGAUCUUGGUGUUGAAUUACCUGAAAGAUCUUAUGGAACUGACUGCCGCAUAUAUGUACCUGAUCAUCCAAAAAGCAGGUUUAACAAUGUUUAUGACAUCCUUUUUGACGAGUUUGUAAUUGCCCAUAUCCUUGGAUGGUGGGGAAAGGCUAUAAUGAUACGGAAUCAACCACUUCUAUGGGUGUUAUCAAUUGGCUUUGAGUUAAUGGAGCUGACUUUUCGUCAUAUGUUGCCAAAUUUUAACGAAUGCUGGUGGGAUAGCAUUGUUCUAGACAUAAUGAUCUGCAACUGGUUCGGUAUCUGGGCUGGAAUGAAGACAGUGAGAUACUUCGAUGGGAGGACAUAUGAAUGGGUUGGCUUAAGUCGCCAGCCCAAUAUUAUCAGCAAGGUGAAAAGGACACUAGGUCAGUUCACACCAGCACAGUGGGACAAAGAUGAGUGGUAUCCUCUGCUUGGUCCUUGGAGAUUCAUCCAAGUUCUAAGCUUGUGUGUAAUUUUCAUGACCAUCGAGCUAAACACGUUCUUUCUUAAAUUCUGCCUUUGGAUUCCUCCCCGGAACCCCUUGAUUGUUUACCGACUGGUCCUUUGGUGGUUGAUUGCGAUACCAACCAUCCGCGAAUACAAUACAUACUUGCAGGACAGGAAACCGGUAAAAAAGGUGGGGUCUUUUUGUUGGCUUUCGGUGGCUAUAUGCAUCAUAGAGCUUCUGAUCUGCAUCAAGUUUGGACAUGGCCUAUUUCCAAAGUCGAUGCCAUCGUGGUUGAUCAUAUUCUGGACGGCGGUGGCCUUGCUUCUCAUGAUGUUCAUUCUUGUGUGGACUUGGAAAAUUUACCGAACAAUGUUAAGAAAGAGGCUGUGAUUGCGACAACACGUUGUUUCUGCAGCCCACCAUUCUUUUUUUUUUCAAUUCAAUAUUUCCGUGUAAAUAUUUAUUCAAAUUCUGUACAUGCAGUAGCCAUUAAUCGGUGAUCAUGAGAAGAUUACCAUAAGCAAUUUUAUGUCGACCCGUCAGCAAAAUAAGAUCCCACUUCAUUCCAUUGAUGUAUCCUGCCAAUCAACUCUGAAACUCCUUUCGUGCAACCUACCUCUGAGACUCUGAGUCCAUAAUAGCAAUGAAAUAAGCUUUAUUCUGCUA